CCGGGCGGGCGGCUCCGAGAGCUCAGCGCCCCCGGGCGCGCGUCUAGUCGCAGAGGCGCACCAGUGGACGCGUCUUGGAGGGUCCUGUCCUGCUUCCUCUUCUGGUCAGAGUUUAGAAGAUGUGUGAUAACAAUGACACAUUGAGUGACUUAACAUGGCAUAAAUCCAUUCUUCUGCAGUUCUGGAAGCCAAUGUGUCAGCAACAUGGCUGACAGCAAGGCCAAGCCUGCCAAAGCUGCCAACAAGACACCACCCAAGUCCCCAGGAGACCCAGCUAAGGACAAAGCUGCCAAGAGGUUGUCACUGGAGUCAGAGGGUGCCAAUGAGGGGGCAGCUGCAGCCUCUGAGCUCAGUGCCCUGGAGGAGGCCUUCCGACGGUUUGCAGUACAUGGGGACACCAGGGCAACAGGGAAGGAGAUGCAUGGCAAGAACUGGUCCAAACUGUGCAAGGACUGCCACGUGAUCGAUGGGAAGAAUGUGACCGUCACUGAUGUGGACAUUGUCUUCAGCAAGAUCAAAGGGAAGUCCUGCAGGACCAUCACCUUUGAGCAGUUCCAGGAGGCGCUGGAGGAGCUGGCCAAGAAGCGGUUCAAGGAUAAGAGCAGCGAGGAUGCUGUGCGUGAGGUGCACCGGCUCAUUGAGGGACGCUCACCGGUCAUCUCUGGUGUCACGAAAGCUGUGUCCUCACCCACGGUGUCACGGCUCACAGACACAACCAAGUUCACAGGCUCCCACAAAGAGCGCUUUGACCAAUCAGGGAAGGGCAAGGGCAAAGCUGGCCGCGUGGACCUGGUGGAUGAGUCAGGCUAUGUGCCUGGCUAUAAGCAUGCAGGCACCUAUGACCAGAAGGUGCAGGGGAGCAAGUAGCCUUACAGGCUGAAGAUCUGGACACUUACAGGUGCCAGGCAUGGGACUUACACCCAUUGCACUUCAUUACAUUCCUAGGUUCAACUGGGCAGAACUCAAACAGCACCUCACUAGGCAACGGUGGGGGCAAUGCCCGGGACUCCUCCUGCUGGGUGCUUGACACUUCUCUCUCAGACCCCAGGUUUGGGCCAUGAUUCAUUGUUCUUUCCUAACAUACCUGCCCCGUCCACAGCUGGGAAGUAGACUGCUAUUUGUAAACUGCCUCCCAGGAUCAUAUCACACUGGCCACUUGAUCUGCAGGUAAAAAGGGGUAUUUUGGGGUGUUGGUAGAAAUGAGGAUGAGCAGAGCAGACAUCAGAACUUAUAUUGACCUUAUCUAGGCACUUCCAGGGCAGCAGGAGCUAAGAAACUAACCAACUGCAUAGAGUAAUCAUAAACAGGGCCCUUUCCUGACCAGAGGACAUGGCUGAGGCUACCUGGUGGUUGUCUCAGUGUGUGUGGGAACAGGUCACAUCAGCACACAUGCCCACACGCGCGUGCGCACACACACACACACACACACACACACACACACACACACGUGUUCAUCAACCAAGUCUGUGCUGAGAGUGGACUAGGAGACAAGAGAAGUCCCCUGGUGACCAGGGGAGUGACUUGGAGAGUGAACUUGGAAAUUUUUUUCAGUGCUUUUCUAAGGAAUGACAAGACUAUGUGCUUGACCUCAAGAGUGGUCCAGGGAGAUUCAGAACAUCAAGCUUCCAUGAGGUUCUCUUUGCUCUCUCCCAUCACUGGAUUAGGACACACGUGAUGCUGAGACACUUGGUCCAACCAGGCCUAGGCAGUCAGUUGUUCUACCAGUAUAAGAUGAGAGAUUUUGCCAAAGCAAGUUAUGUUGUCCUUUGCUCAAAAUUAUGUGUCUUCAGCUGUAUGAAACCUCCUCUGGUUUCAGUUUUUCUAACUCUUCUCACAAGUGCAAGUGCAGGGCACCAGACAUCAGAACCAGGCCCAAGAGAAACUUGCAGCAUCUGCACAUCUUUCUCUGCCACAAGAGAGAACACAGAACUCAGCUCAUGCAUGUGUGAGGGUGCCACUUAGGCGGCCCCAAAGACACGUACCACCAUCUUAAGAGCCCCACAGCACCUGGUCCUUUGCAUUAACACAGCCCUAACCUUGCAUGCAACUUGCUGGACUGUAUGGCCUUGUUCCUAGAAAUAACACACAGUGGCCUCAGGCUAUGCCUCUGAGAGCAGGUGGCUGUUGAGGGCGAGGCAUCGUAUGUGGCUUGGACAGCACAGGUAGAAAGCAAGGUGGCCUUUUUCACUGCCAUGGCAUGUUGUCACAUUACCCACCUCUCUGGGGCUCAGAGAGCAUGCCUCCACCACAGCACCAGAGAAGCCUGCCUAGUAGCCUAAGAGAGAAAAGCAGGGGCUUCAAUAACACACUUCUAAAGUGCAGGCCCUCUGAAGGUCCAAGGUUAUCAAUCCCCUCAGCACAGCCGGCACUGGAGGAUGGGAUGGUCCAGUAGUCAGCUUCCUCCCAAGGUUCCAGGAGUUUGCAGUACCUGGCAUUAAAAACCAAGUGGUGGAACCUCCUUUCUGGAAUCUUACCUCACUGGUCUGGGGAAACAAAAGGACCCUGGCACUGCUCACACCCUUUCCCAGAACUCCUAGUCGCCACCUGGCACUCUCUUGGUCUGAGGAUACUGUUUUCUACUGCCUAUACACAGCCCAAUUGCUACCAUUAUGGCUGAGACGGAACACACACAAAUCCAUCAGGAGGUGACUGAAUAUGGGUCAGGGCAGAAGGCCAUGCUGGCGUGGUGUCAGAGGGUCCCCACACCAUGCAGUGGGGCAGAUCUUUCCCUGACCCCACGGUAGUCUGAGAAUUCUAGACACUGUCUCCUGUUCAAAGGGCAGGAUGCCCAGAAUGAUGUCCAGAUGAAGAUCCAGGCCAAGUCCAGGGUUAGCUGCUUAGGAGCACCUAGGAAACAGUGUAAGUGUCUAUCUUGAUGGGACCACCCAGCCUCAUUGGGAAGCUUCGUUAUGAAUGAGCCACCUCGCCCACGUGCUCAGGACUGAACACAACGGCUCCAAGUGGCAAGCCCAUAUGAGCCAUGGGCAGCAGAGAGCCAGAACUGCCAUCUCAACCCCCACAUGUCAGACAGGUCCUCAGCCUGAGAGGAUAAAAACUUCAGAAAGCAUUUUUGAUUGCUCUAACUCAACUUGGGCUUUGUAAAUGAAAGUUGGGUCAUUCUGCCUUGCUGGUCCUAACUGUCCUAGCACAGCUCAAGCAUCCUUGGGCUCCCGAGGGACAGUACUCGGCCCUCCAUGUAGUCCCUCAGCAGCACCCAGAACUAUGUCAGACAAGUGGUCUUCAUCGUGUCCCCUCGUAACCCAGUUUCCUCAAACAGCACCUUCCUUAGGUCAGUGUUAAGUUUAACUUUGAAAAUACGGCCUCCCUCUAGACGAUCUGUCAUCUAGCAAGGAAAGAGUCGUUACAAUUAGAUCAUAAAGACUUAGUGUCUCCAUACUGUCAAUUUAAAGUGUCUGUGGAAUUCAUGUGGCAUCUGUGUACCCUCUCAACACAGCAACUGACUGGACUCCCAACACUGCUGUACAAAACAGAUAUGCAUUUUCCUCAGUUUCUGAUUUGAAUACACAGGUAGAGUGUCUCUGUUGCAUGUUUUAUGCGAUACCAGCUAGCUUUUACUAAUCGUGGGUAAAUAGAAUUCAGUGUCUCUUUGUGAAUAAUAAUAAUAAUAUAUAAUAAAACACGCAAAGCAUGCCAACCAAGACCCAGGGCCAUGUGCUAUUAGGUGACAGACACACAAGAAACAGGGACAGGUUCUCUCAGGGGAUGAUAUCCAGCAGAUGACUUUUUUUUUUUUCUAGAGGGGACACCUAGGAGACAGAGACAUACUCUGUUGUGAGCUGACACCCAGGAGACAAAAAGAUACAUUCUAUUAGAAGACACUCAGGAGACAGAGACAGGUUCUUUUAAGGUAUGACAGCAAGGAAAGAAGGACAGGUUCUGUCAGGGGUAGAACUCAGGGACAUGGAUUGGAGUGACAGAGUCAUGUUCUGUUGUGGGUAACAUUCAAGGGUACGUUCUGUCAGAAUGAUACUUAGACAUGUUCUGUUGGGGGUGACAUUCAGAUAUAUGUUCUGUAGGUGGGUCAUAUACAGGGACAUAGUCUGUUGGAGGUGACAUUUAGGAGAAAGGGACAGGAAGAAUGAUGCAGAUGGUGUCUUAAGUAUUAGGGAAGGAAGGUAGGCAGGUUGGAGGGUGUUUGAGAACACUGACUCUAACAGAAUACUUAUUUAUUUCUAUUUAAUGCUAUAAGAUAAGCAACUAGUUAGUAGAAAUGCUUUACCAAAAUCAAAGUUCAAAUUACAUGUUCAAAUAUUGUUGAAAGAUCUAUAUUUAUACUGGAGUAUUUUUACACCUUUCGAUAUCCUAUCUUACAUUGGGGCAUAGGGACAUUAUGACAGAUGGAGAUAGUUUUGAAAUUUUGAAAUGGGCCAUACAAUUUCUGCCACUUCCCUGCAGUGUCCCAGGGAGAUGACAGGUGCCUGCUCUGGGACAAGAACCAAGCAUUCCGCUCCCAGAGGCCCUGGGUUGCUUCAGCUGCCUGUUUUAAUGAACAGUUUUACUGGCACACAGCUGCACACCCAUGUGUUUACAUACUGUUCUGUAGCUGCUUUGGCGUUAGAACUGGCUGGGAGGAUUGAGACAAAUGCACAGACACCUAUGGUAUUUGCCACCUGUCCCUUUUCAGGGAAAACUGCCUCCCUCCCUCUCUCUCUCUCUCUCUCUCCCCCUCCCUCCUUCGCUCCCUCUCUCUCUUUCUCUCCAGACUUGUGUACUACCUGGCUACAGCAUGGACACAUUGGGGAAGCCCUGCCAAUUAAGAAUGGCGAGGGUGACACUUUAGCUGUACUGUGAAGACAUAAGAAUAUCUUUCCAACACUGAGCCAAACUGCUCUUCUUCACUAACAUACUACUGACCAUUCUGAACUUUAUAGUUCACGGGUGUGGCCAUCUUGGGACACUUAAAUUAUCUCUUCCUUUAGACCUCUUAAACUACACCAAGCCAAACAACAAAGGAAGCCUGUACAACUUAAACUUGAAAGGAGUAAUAUGCUACUACUACUAGUUUGUAAUAAGUUUUUAUCAAGAAAGGGAGUUAAGUUUAUAUAUAUGUGAUAUAUAUUUUUACACUAUUUUAUUAAUGUUAGGGAAUACGGAGUUUAUCACUUUAUCAGUGUGAUGGGUAAUGUUGAUGUCAUGGGUGUUCUGACUCAGAAAGCACUUAAUGCUGACAUCUAAACUACACUUUCUCAAAAAGUCUGUCAGGUCAGGAUGCCCCUGCUGUCCCUCCUAUAGAGUGCAAGGCAUCUAGUCACCUGAUGGACAUAUGAUCAUGGCCUGGCUCAUAUUGCUUUAGUGAAACAGCUUGUGUCUAUCAACAUUUCGUUCAUUGUGUUUGCUGUUAUUAACAUUGUGUUGGUAAAGUGAUGAAUAAAGGUGUUCAAAUGUA